AUGAUCAGGCUACUGAUACCGUGUUUGAUAUGGCUGUCGAGCGUGCGCUCGGAGUCUGCAAUGGGCAUGCACAUGCCAGACGUAAUGAUGGAGGACGCUGCCAUGGCGGAGGAAAUGAAGCUGAAAAGGGAGUCGUAUCACAACCCGUGUCCACCGGUUUAUUCCCAUCCGAUCUCUUACUCACCCCCGCCACAAAUUUACGUGAAACCGGUGGUGCAUCCGGCGCCCAUUGUUCAUCAGCCUAGUUAUUCGAUCAUCGCGAAGCCUGUGGUAGCUCCUGUGGUGGUGAAGCCUGUAGCUCCAGUGGUGGUGAAGCCCGUCGUCCAGGCCACCAAAGUGGUGUAUCCGAUCUACCAGAAACCGAUGGUCUCGUACGCGCCGGUCUACCAGAAGCCCGUCUAUUAUCAGCCCACCUAUCAGAAGGUGAUGUACGAGCCACCCAAGGUCUACUUCAAGAAGUACGACGUUCCAGUCCCCCAGGUCGUCCAUCUUCCUCAAUACCAGCCGCCAAAGGUGGUGCAGGUGCCAGUGCACCCCGUCAGCCACCCGGUGGUCCAUCCAGUGGUCCACCCGGUGGUCCAACCUGUCGUCCAUCCCGCGCCCGUCUACCAACCGGCGGCGAAACCAUGGUGUCCCUAA